GUGUGUGUGUUUGUGUGUGUGUGUGUGCGUGCGUUUGCCUCUGUACAGAAGAUGACUGUUAAAACAUAUCAAUAUUUUUAGCCCAACUCAGGAGAGGAGUAGUCUAGGCCAGCUGUAUUACCUUCCCCAUUUUAUUAUUAUUUUUUAAUAAUUAUAUUUCUAAAAGUAGCUUUUGGAGGUUGACUCCUUAUCUCUAAGCAUCAUGUUUCUUGAUUGCAUUACUAAUUGGAUCUUUUCUUUGUCUUUCUUUUCCCUGUAGAUCAUCUCCGUCGACACCUCAGUCGGGUCCAUCUUAACCAAUGUGCCAGAUCGCUUGGCAUCUCAGAUCCCAAGGGACUUCCUACAAGGCUUCUCCCAGACGACAGAGACGGUUACCAAGCUGAACCAGAAGACCUGGACAGUGAAUCAGGCUGUUCUCAUCUUUGAUACUGUAGCAUCUGGGAUGGAUACUGCAACUGACAUCUCGUUCCAAGUGCUGCAGGGCUUCACCUGCACCCGUGUGGAGAGCUUCACCAAGAUCAAGGUCAAGAGCCUGAUCAGAGGCUGCAGGAGACGCAAGAGCCGCAAGCUCAAACUCAAACAAUCACAGUUGACCUGCAUGUACUACUACAUGAAAGGGGAGUCGGAUGCCACAGACUACUCUCUCUUCCCUGCAGAUGUGCUGCUCUACUACGAUUAUUCCACGGUGACAAACUGUUCAAGCUACUUCACUGAGCUUGGAUUUGCGGACUUCAGUGUUCUCUCCAAUGUAUACGAAUCUACCAAAACAACGCUUCUCAGCAACGCCAAAACCUGCCUUAACAUCACUGGGUUCAACAUCGGUGCAGCGAACAUCGACAUCCUGGGCAACAUGGUGUGCCAACUGAACAGCUCCUACGUCCAAGACUCAGACCCCUCCAUCCUCGAGAAACUCAAGAACUGCGACGACCUCACAAGUUCACUAAUCUCCGGCAUGGAGACACUUCUCCUCUCGGGCGAGACUAAAUACGGCGUUUCGUCAAGGUGGACGCAGCAAACUCUAGAGGAUUUGGACAUUCUGCCUCUGUACUUCACGUCCACUCUCUGGAGAGAAAUCAAAAAGAGGGACGGCCGCAGAUUCCUGAAGUCUUUCAUUAAAGAGCUGAGACUCAAAGGCACUUCCAGGAAGAAGAUCCGAACCUUGAAGAGGGCAUUCCGAACAGCUCACAGAGCCAAACGUGACGCAUCAAUCGAGUGCACCGUGGGCACCAUCACCCAGGUCGAAAUCAAUGACGACACCUUCCCUAUCGAUUACGACGCCACACAGUUCAACGCCUGCUUGAGCGUCGCCACCCUCAAGAACAAUCUGCCAGCCAUCACAGACAAGGCAGAUGAAGACAGCUACCACCAGAUCAUUCUGGAGAAGUUAAAUCAGGCCUACCCAGAAGGCAUCUCAGACAAUGUGGUCCAGAUGCUGGGGCCAGCAUCCCGAGGGGCGACCACUGAUGACAUCAGCAAGUGGAACGUGACCAAUAUUGACACUCUGUCCUCUUUGCUUAAGACAUCAGACGGAGACUGGGCAGACAACCAGACCGAAGCCAUCAUGACAAAGUACCUUGCUGCAGGGCAGAGCAUUGACAGUUCUGCUCUGAACUCUCUGGGAGGCUCGGGUCUCUGUGCCCUGGACACCAGUGUGCUGGAGACCGUCACCUCCAGCAGCCUGAAGCAGGCGGACGCUCUCACCACCACCAGUUGCAGCCUGACCAAGAAGAAGGCCCUGUUCCCUAUCGCCCUGGCAGCCUUCGUCAGCACGGCCAUCACCAAGAGGUCAACCACAACGGUCACCUCCACACAGUACCAACUCAUCCAGUCAUACCUGGGUGGUGCCACAGAGUCGUUUGUCCGAACCCUCACCUCUUCCAGCAUCAACAUGGACAUGGACACCUUCAUUGCUCUAGACCAGAGUGUCAUUCAGUGUGUCGGACGUUUCAAGCCUGCUUGGCAGCACCAACGUGAACGACCUGAGCGCCUACUCCAGUAA